AUGUUCAAGUGGUACCGUAACGCAUCGAAAUGCUACGUUUACCUCUCCGAUGUGUCUAGUACAGAUUGUGACUCGGAAAGCGUGGCGUUCUCGGAAAGCAAAUGGUUUACCCGAGGUUGGACGUUGCAAGAGCUUCUUGCUCCAUCAUGCGUCCAGUUCUUCUCAAAAGAAGGAGUUUUACUGGGCGACAAGCAUUCACUCGCCAAGGAGAUCUCCAGAAUAACAAAGAUACCGGUCGAAGCUCUUCAAGGGUAUGAUCUCUCCAAAUUCACUGUAGAGGAGCGUAUGCGAUGGGCUGAAGAACGAAAGACAACGCGUGAAGAAGAUCAGGUCUACUCGUUGUUGGGCAUUUUUAAUAUCCACAUGUCGAUCCUGUAUGGCGAAGAUGAGAAAGUGAGCAAGACGAAGGAAUGGUUAUCAGCACCAGACACUUCAAUCAAUUACCUGGAAGCACUUAAGCAGCGACAGCAUAACACCGGUCAGUGGCUGCUCGAUGGAGCGCGUUAUGAGACUUGGAAACUGGAGAGUGCGUCAUGCAUAUGGCUAUAUGGUAUUCCAGGUUGCGGCAAAACUAUCUUGAUUUCUACUAUCCUGGAAGACAUCUUUCUGUAUUGCGACAAGCAUCUUGGAUAUGCUCUUGCCUUCUUCUACUUCGAUUUCAACGACAUACAAAAACAAGAUGCCGAGCGGAUGUUACGAUCGGUGGUCGUUCAACUUUUAGAAGAGUCUGCUGAAAUACCUUUGAGUCUCGACGCCCUGUUUUCUUCGCAUAAUAAUGGGAAACGACCCCCAGCUUUCAAUAGCCUGCUGGAGGUAGCACGCGAUCUGAUAGUGCAGUUUCCACAAGUCUACAUCGUUCUGGAUGCAUUAGAUGAGUGUACUCAAUGGUCUGAGUUGAUGAAAAUGCUUGAGACUAUAGCUAGCUGGAAGCUUCCGAAUCUGCAUCUCAUCAUGACAAGUCGGGAGGAGCCAGAUAUCAAGAGCGCUUUGACUGACCUUGUGGAUUCGCAGAAUAGUAUCUGCAUUCAGAGUGACUUAGUCGAUAGAGAUAUACAGCUGUAUAUCCGCCAGCGACUUUCUAACGAUAAGAGCUUGGUUAAGUGGAAAAAGGACCCCGCUCUGCAGCAAGAGAUUGAGAUAGCCCUCAUGGAGGGUUCCAGAGGAAUGUUUCGGUGGGCUGCAUGCCAGCUGGACACGCUCGGGAAGUGUCUGAAUCGAUCAAAGUUGCGGAAAGCACUCGAAACACUACCAUCCACCUUGGACAAGACCUACGAACGCGUAUUGGAGAGCGUCAGCGAUGAAUAUGCUGAAUAUGCUAUCCGCAUUCUUCAGUGGCUAGCUUUCUCAGAGCGCCCACUAACAGUAGAAGAACUCGCAGAAGUGAUCGCAAUUGACAUUUCACGCAACCCAGAAUUUGACCGAGACGAAGUGCUAGAAAACCCCUUCGACGUACUGAGAAUCUGCUCCAGCCUGAUCACUAUCACAGACCACCGAUGCUAUUCAGCUAGGUCAGUAGUUGUGCUCGCGCAUUACUCUGUCAAAGAAUAUCUCAUCUCAGACAGAAUAAAGCGAGGCCAUGUAGCUCUUUAUAGCUUACAGGCUACGGCGUGCCAAGGCACUAUGGCUGCGGCGUGUCUAGGUUACCUUAACCAGUUUCAGAAGCCUGAGCUUGUAACAAAACAAUCCUUGGAGGGAUUCAAGCUGGCAAGAUAUUGUGCGGAGUUCUGGAGAAUAUGCGAUACUCCACUCCAAGUAGCUUCGGCCAAAGGUCAUGAGGGUGUUGUCAAACUACUACUUAAUGCCGGCGCCGAGGUCAACGCAAAGGGUUAUCGAUAUAGUAACGCACUUGUUGCUGCCUUGGAAUCUGGGAAUGAGUGCAUUGCUAAAAUAUUGCUCGAAGCAGGCGCCAACGUUGGUCCAGAUGAUCAAUACAAAGGCGCCUUGCAUCAUGCUAUUCAAGGGCCAAGAUGUACCCCUUCACUGGUCAGCAUUUUGCUGAGAUUUGGUGCACCAGUGAGCGCAGUUGAUGCGGACAACAUGACCCCUCUGCACUAUUGUGCCAAACAUGGUCUCGAUACUAUAGCUACACAACUUAUCAACGCCAAAGCAUCGAUUGAUGCAAGAGCUCGUCGCAGGAGACUUGGGGUCUCGACCAUCGAAUCACCUAACCUGGGAGGUGCAGGACUUAUUUCUACAGUCUCGGAAAUAGGCCUGACUCCUCUCCAUUUCGCGGUCAUGAAUCUGAACGUCAAAAUGACCAAAAUUUUGCUCGAGCAUGGUGCCGACCCCAAUGCGCUUUCUGAUGACCAUGAAACACCUCUGCAUCUGAUACUACGUUGUGCUCAGCUUGCUCAUUAUACAAUAAGAGAUAUCCAGAAGGAAAAAAUCUCCAAAGGACACGUUACGUCCGGCUUUGCGAGGGUUGAAAAGGACGGGAUGAACACUUCACCAAGAAAGGGGACUGAUAUGCGCGAAGAAAUAUUGAAUCUUUUACUUGAGAAUCCUAGGACAUCUCUGAAUGUAAAGGACUACCAAGGACGAAGUCCAUUACACUGUAUUGAGUAUAGCUGGGCGAAGAGCGCCGCUGAGGUACAAACCCUCCUGGCGUCCGGAGCUGACCCAAACUGUUGCAACCUACGAAAACAAACUCCGCUACACCUUGCCAGUAAAGCUGGAAAUCAUGCAUCGGUCAAACUCCUACUCGAGUAUAGUGCGAAUGUAGAACUGACGGAUGACUCGGGCCUUAACGCACUUCACUAUGCAGCUCAACUCGGGGACGACGAAACCAUGAUUGCUAUUCUUAAAGUAAAAUGGGACAAAGCAUUGGAACUUGUACUAUCCAGAGACAAAAUUGGAAGAAACGUGCUCCAUCAUCUCUUCAUCCAAGGGAACUGGAUUAGAGUCAGCAUGCUACGUUUUCUGCUUAGCCAAGGGGCCGAUAGUGUAGCAGUUGAUGAUUCUGGAUGUACCCCGUUGGUAACUUGCCUCCAAAGUCCUUUCUACACCAACCCCGAAAUCUGCGAGCUGCUAUUGAAGGUUGAGGGCAACGCGACCUUUUCGGACAGCAAGGGCCGGCACCUUGGACACCUAUACAUCCAAAAGCUCAACGCUAACGUUCAAACGCUCCGGCUCCUGCACGACAGCGGUGUCGAUUUGACAAAGAAGGAUCACGGUGGGAAGACAAUACUUCAUACCGCCGCCAUAGAAGGCUCCCUGACUGACAAAUUGCUCGAGUAUCUUGUCGAUGUUGUUGGCCUUGGAAUAGCCGACCAAGACAUGCAUGGCCGAGAUGCUUUACAGUAUGCCACCGAGAGAUAUGAGAGGAUAGAAGAGGAAGGAGAAGACAUGGAACUACUUGUGCGAUAUGGUAUGGGAGGUAUCAGCGACGCUGUUCACAAAAAUGCCCGUCUAGCAGUCAUACGUCGCAUGACUGACCUCAUGGAACUCGGCACGAAGCAGGAAUAG